AUCAGCAGAGGCGGCCCUUCCUGCAAAAGUCGAUGAGACACAGGGCCAAGCUGGAGCGAUGGCGGCCUAUCCGGAGAGCUGCGUGGACGCCACCGUGCUGGACUUCGUCGCGGACCUGUCCUUGGUCUCUCCGAGACACCCCCUUCUCUGCGACUUCCCGGCCGGGGUUCCCUUUGGGGAGCCGGCACUUGCGCUGCGUGAGAGAAGCCCCCGGAGGCUGGCGCGGUCGGAGGAGGGGGGCGCAGAAGAGGAGGAGGGCGAAGUAGACGAGGGGGACGAAGAGGAGGAGGAAGAGGGCGGGCGCGGGCGCGGAGCCUCCCUCCUGGGCCGCCCCAAGAGGAAAAGGGUGAUCACCUACGCCCAGCGCCAGGCUGCCAACAUCCGCGAGAGGAAGCGGAUGUUCAACCUCAACGAGGCCUUCGACCAGCUGCGAAGGAAGGUGCCCACCUUCGCUUACGAGAAGAGGCUGUCGCGCAUCGAGACCCUCCGCCUGGCCAUCGUCUACAUCUCCUUCAUGACCGAGCUCCUGCAGAGCUGCGAGCAGAAGACCGCGGGCUGA